CGGCGAGUUCCGGACUCGACGGCUUAGGGCGGAGCGGCGACAUGGCGACUCCUGGAGCUGGUGACCCUCUGGAUGCAAAGAAUGGAAAUGCUCCGUUCGCUCAGCGCAUUGACCCGUCGCGAGAGAAAUUGACCCCUGCGCAGCUGCAGUUUAUGCGGCAGGUGCAGCUUUCCCAGUGGCAGAAAACACUGCCACAGCGGCGGACCCGGAACAUCUUGACCGGUCUGGGCAUCGGGGCCCUGGUAGUAGCUAUUUAUGGUUACACCUUCUACUCAGUGGCCCAGGAGCGUUUCCUUGAUGAGCUGGAAGAUGAAGCCAAAGCUGCCCGAGCCCGCGCUCUUGAGAGGGAGAGAGCGGCAGGACCCUAACUGUAUGGGCCAUCUUCAAACUGCGGGAGCCCCUGUCCAGUGACGCCUGGUGAUCUCGCAGCAUCACUGGCUUACUAACUUCGGACCAUGAUUGAGCCCAAGAAGCCACAGACUAUGCAGUUGGCCGCUGCCAAAAGGGGGAAUUGUUCGUUUCACACGCAGUUUGUACAGUUACCCAGCCCUUUCUUAUUUCCUUGUUUGAGAGGUAUGCGACCCUUGCCUUUCCCCCUAACUUUGUGGUUUUACCUCUUCACCUCCCAGGGACCCAACUGUUAAGGGGAGGGUGUGGCAUAUGUGCAGAGUUGGAACCCAAAGUGGGAAAGAUGGGGUCACGUUAAGACUAAUAAAAAAAUGAGUCAUCUCUCCUGAAGCCACGCUAGUGUGUGG